UGUCUCUCGAUCGUUUAAAACCUACCCCUCGAAUCCUCGAUUCAUACCUCUCUCAUAAGCUAGCUUUGCGUUGCUCUGAUUUCGCCUUCGCUUCUCUCAGUCAGUCUCAGAAGAGGGAUAAAUAUUUUCAGUUAACGAUUGAAGAGUGCUCGUACAAAAAAAGUAGAUGCACUAUGGAAGAUGAUCAGCACUUCAUCACCAUCAUCAUCAUCUUCAUCUAUCCCCAGAACUGCGGAAGAAUUAGCUUUCCUGAGUGCAAGGAGGGAGAGAGCAAAGAGGAGGCGUGCAAAUAUGAAAGCCUUGAAGGGGGCCCUUGAUGCUAUCACGCUUGAUAUGGGAAGCAACAAGACCUCGUUGCUUGACUCUGCAGGAGAUUCGAAUGAGAAUGAGACUCAGGCAAAUAGGUACAUCCUCACAGAUCCGGUGAUGGGACAGGUGCUGACCCAUCUUCUGAAGAAUCAGAGCGCAGCACAGACACACAUGCAAGCCCCUCUAGCGGCUAUGAACCGAAAUCAUAAGCUUGCUUACUAGCGCGAUGAAGGGGAAUCAUAUUAAUAUAACAUUAAAAAACUGUGUUUUCUGUUAUUAUUAUUUUAUCUGUCAAACAAAAAGCUUGCAACUCGCGGUGCUCAUGUCUGCUGACUAUUAUGGUGUUCUGAACAAAAUUGCCAUAUCUUUGUCAUAUUAACCAAGCUUCACGUUUCUUUUUA